UCAAGCUCUUCAGACUCACUACAAACUUCCAGGCAAGUGUGUUGGAGCUAAACUUUGCAAAAUGUUGGUCCUUCAGAAGCAGGAUUGGGUGCCCUUGAUUUACAAGACGUCGCGUGGGAUAGUGGAUGUCGGCCCAGGACUGUUGGGCACUGAGGGGCUGUUGUUGGAGCUGGAUGUGGGGAAAAAGGAGGGGAUGUAGGGGAUGGCAGCCAGCAGCAGAGGGCUCAUCUGGGGGCUCUCGUCCGACGGUAAGGGGAUCACCACAUCAUCCUGGUCCCACACGUGGAAGGCAUUGGAAUGGGACAGAGUCAGAGCCGUGGGCAGACGGGCUAUGGCUCAGCACUUCUUUGGAAAUUCAGGCUCUAUGACAUUGCAGUCAACACCCAAAUCUGACCAUCACCAUUCAUCAAAGAUGCCAGAUGAUGGUUUUAACUCAACAGGUGAAACUCUGUCAUUUGUUACCCUGGAUGACAGCAAUGAGCAGCAAAGUGAGGACUCUGGUAUCAGUGUUUCAAAAACCUCGACUAGAAGUUCGCUGGGCAACAGUACUAUGGAAGAUGCGGCAGUGUUAUCUCCCCCAAAUUCACGAAUAGAUGAGAUUGGAAAGAAAGCACAGGAACUUAUUGAGAGAAUCAAUGAGAGCCGGGCCAUGGACCAACAUGUGAUGAACAGCUUUGAGGAAAAGCUCAUUAAAAAGGUGAGUGAGAUGUGUCAGCAGGUGAAGGAGCAGAUGUUUGAGUAUUAUGAGCAGCACAGUCAGGGCAUGGAGGCCAGCAUCACUGAGCUGUCGGAGGUGCUGGAGAAAAGCAGUCAGCUGAGUAUUGAGCUACAGGGAGCCAGUCAAACCCUGGCCGCCAUCAAUAAAGGCCUGCAGCACAGCACAGAGCAGUAGAUGCACAACCAAACUAAUCACACUGUAACUUAACAUGAGACAGAGUACACUUAUAUGAUUUGUAUGUUACUUAAA